AUGGCGACUUUGUUGUUAAAAAUAGUUUAUUAUUCAGCAAUAUUCUGUAUAUAUAAAGGAUUAUCAUUUGUUAAAGCACAGAACGUGCGAAUUCAAAUCCAACCCUCAUCAAUAAAUUUAGGACAAGAUGAUCUGAUUGUUACUUGCUCCACCGUCAACCCAUCACAACUUGAUACAGUGUAUACCAUACAGCUACAAAAAAACGAUACAAAUACCUACUCAAUGAAGGAUGUGGUUUCAGUUCGUCCAAGUAAUGGUCAAGAUACUAUAACAUGGCAGGACACAGAGUUACAAAGCAGGGCAACAGCAACAGGCACUGUCAGCACACCAGCCACAGCACAGCUAAAGUUAACGAUUCCUAAAGAUCAAGUGUUGUGUCAACAGGAUUUCACAGGAUACAUGUGUACAAUGUCUGGAUUUACAAAUGUUUUAGUUACUCAAGAGACAAGUCCAGAGUAUGUUACUUAUAUAGUCCAUCCAAAAGUGAUUGAAAUGCCAAGUGUGAGGAUACUUGGUGAAUUUUCUAACACACCAUCAAGACAGUUUCCAGUUAACACGGCUAUACAGCUGACUUGUACUGGACAAAUUGGCACUGAUGCAAGUGCUGCAAUCCGUUGGUGUGCUAAGAAGUCCCAAGACUUAACCUUCACUGGGCUACCACAGACCCCGAUCCACUCCGAGGCCUCACCGUCUAUUGGCUGUCAGUACACACGUUCCAGUACCAUCACAUACAACCUCACAAGUGAUGACACCUACACACAGUUCCUGUGUGAGUCUGGAUAUUCUGGUCUCUGUGAAACAGGAACAGCCAGACAGUAUCUGAAUAUAACCUUAGAACAGAACGUGCAAAUUCAAAUCCAAUCCUCAUCAGUAAAUUUAGGACAAGAUGAUCUGGUUGUAACCUGUUCCACCGUCAACCCAUCACAACUUGAUACAGUGUAUACCAUACAGCUACGAAAAAACAAUACAAAUACUUACUCAAUGAAGGAUGUGGUUUCAGUUCGUUCAAGGAAUGGUCAAGAUAUUACAACAUGGCAGGACACAGAAUUACAAAGCAGGGCAACAGCAACAGGCACUGUCAGCACACCAGCCACAGCACAGCUAAAGUUAACGAUUCCUAAAGACAGAGUGCUGUGUCCACAGGAUUUCACUGGAUACAUGUGUACAAUGUCUUUAUUUACAAAUGCUUUAGGUACUCAAGAGACAAAUAAGAUGUAUGUUACUUAUACAGUCCAUCCAAAAGUGAUUGAAAUGCCAAGUGUGAGGAUACUUGGUGAAUUUUCUAACACACCAUCAAGACAGUUUCCAGUUAACACGGCUAUACAGCUGACUUGUACUGGACAAAUUGGCAGUGACGCAAGUGCUACAAUCCGUUGGUGUGCUAAGAAGUCCCAAGACUUUACAUUCACUGGGCUACCACAGACCCCAGUUCACUCCGAGGCCUCACCGUCUACUGGCUGUCAGUACACUCGUUCCAGUACCAUCACUUACAAUCUCACUAGUGAUGACACCUACACACAGUUCUUAUGUGAGUCUGGAUCUUCUGGUCUCUGUGAAACAGGAACAGCCACACAGUAUCUGAACAUAACCCUAGCACAGAACCUCCAAAUUCAGGUCCAACCGCUAUCUGUAACUUUAGGGCAAAAUGAUCUUGUUGUAACCUGUUCCACCAUCAACCCAUCACAAAUUAAUACAGUUUUUACCAUGCAGAUACAAAAAAACAAUACAAAUACAUACUCAAUGAAGGAUGUGGUUUCUGUUCGUUCAAGUAGUGGUCAAGAUACUACAACAUGGCAGGACACAGAUUUGCAAAACAGGGCAACAGUAACAGCCACUGUCAGCUCACCUGCUAUAGCUCAGCUAAAGUUAACGAUUCCUAAAGAUCAAGUGUUGUGUCCUCAGGAUUUCACUGGAUACAUGUGUACAAUGUCUGGAUUUACAAAUGCUGCAGUUAAUCAAGUGACAAGUCCGGAAUAUGUUACGUACAUAGUCCAUCCAAAAGUGAUUCAAAUGCCAUCUGUGAAGAUACUUAAUGAAUUUUCUAACACGGCAUUGAGAGAGUUUCCAGUUGGGACAGCUUUACAGCUGUCAUGCACCGGACAGAUCGGUAGUGACCCAAGUGCUACAAUCCGUUGGUGUGCUAAGAAGUCCCAAGACUUUACCUUCACGGGGCUACCACAGACCCCAGUUCACUCUGAGGCCUCACCGUCGCCUGGCUGUCAGUACACUCGUUCUAGUACCAUCACAAACAACCUCACAAGUGAUGACACCUACACGCAGUUUUUAUGUGAGUCUGGACAUUCUGGUCUCUGUGAAACAGGGACAGCUAAGCAGUAUCUGAACAUAACAUUAGAAGGAAGAAUAAUAUCAACUCACAGUUUACCAAACUGUGUGUCCACCAACGAAAACCUUUCUAUCAUUUUUGGAUCGUUGUUUGGAGUUUUUUUCUGCAUAUGUGCAGGACUAAUGGCAUAUUUAUUUUUCUACAAGUUUUCCAAAAAACGUAGAGGAAAUCAUGUCGAGAAAAAUGGCAAAAAUGGAGAUUACGUCAUGCAUGUUACUGGUUUUGAUGACCACCAAUAUCAGGGUAUUGACGGAAAUGCUAGAAAAACUACACACCAAGAGAACAACGCACAGUAUGAUGUUUUGGGAAGUAGAGACUCUGAGAAUGUCUAUGACAAAGUUAAAGAUGUCAAUGCAGAAGAACGGCAGUGAGCAUGAGGUCAAACACCUGUGUAACAGUAAAAAAUCGUCCCGUCAUCAAUAAAAUUCAGUUUUUAAAAAUUC